CCCGGUUACCUUAGGUACCAAAACUCCCGUCCCGCUCUCGGCGUGCUAAUUCAAGCGACGACACACUCGCCUUCCGCAGUUUUAUUGAUACCCUAUUUUUUUCGACCAACUUCUUUUUGUUUAUUCAUUUGUCCCAUAUUUUUUUCGCAGUAAACUCGCCCCAAAACAAGACAAGAUGGCGCCAGAAAAGGAGAAGGCCCCGCUGCCUUUCCGCUACACUUUCAUGGCUGGCGCCAUUGCUGGUGUAUCUGAAAUCCUGGUCAUGUACCCGCUAGAUGUCGUCAAGACAAGAGUACAACUGCAGACCGGCACGGGCGGCGGCGCCGAUUCGUACAAUGGCAUGCUCGACUGCUUCCGGAAGAUCAUCCGCAAUGAGGGCUUCUCGAGACUCUACCGCGGCAUUACCGCUCCCAUCCUUAUGGAAGCGCCUAAGCGCGCCACCAAGUUCGCCGCCAACGACAAGUGGGGCAAGUUCUACAGGGACAUGUUCGGCCAGCAGACCAUGACACAAUCCCUCUCGGUUCUGACUGGUGCUUCGGCCGGUGCCACUGAAUCUUUCGUCGUGGUCCCCUUCGAGCUUGUCAAGAUCCGCCUCCAGGACAAGGCCUCGGCCGGCAAGUACAACGGCAUGGUGGACGUCGUUCUGAAGACGGUGCGCAACGAGGGCAUCCUGGCCAUGUACAACGGCCUCGAGUCCACUCUAUGGCGCCAUAUCCUCUGGAACGCCGGCUACUUCGGCUGCAUCUUCCAGGUCCGACAAUUGCUCCCCAAGGCCGAGACGAAAGGGGGUCAAACAUUUAACGAUAUCAUUGCCGGUUCCGUCGGUGGCACCGUCGGCACCAUUCUCAAUACUCCCAUGGACGUCGUGAAGAGUCGUAUCCAAAAUAGCGUCAGGGUCCCCGGCCAAACACUCAAGUACAACUGGGCCUGGCCUUCCUUGGCGACGGUGGCCAAGGAGGAAGGGUUCGCAGCUCUCUACAAGGGUUUCGUUCCCAAGGUCCUCCGACUGGGCCCCGGCGGCGGUAUCCUACUUGUUGUUUACACCGGCGUGAUGGACUUCUUCCGCAAUAUGAGGGAUGCGCAGGCCUAAGACGAGGUCAUCUAGAAGUUUAAAAUCGAGGGAGCGUUUGAGCAGUGAGAGGCUGGAACGGGUACGUACAGUCAAGGAGGGGCGCUCAGGGCGUGAUGGAGGUCGCUCUCUUUGGCUAGCUUUGAUAGACUAGACUCUCUAGAGCAGUUCUUUUUGUAUAGGGGGUUUGAGUUGGAAAAACAGGUGAACCCGAUUUGGUAUGUACGGAGCUAUGCAAGUGGCAUCUUUCUACAAAUCUGCUGAACCGUCAUGACCCCUAUGUGGUUCAUCAUUCAUCGGAUGGGUAUACUCCCACUAUGUCGUAUGGUAGGAGGUUAGGAGUAAAAUUCCCUCCAACUGAUGCUUAGCUCUUUGUAUCACGUCGAUCGUCAGAAAUUUAAUUGUGAACGCUCGUCUCCUCGCCGCUCCUUCAUGGCUGAUGUUGUCCGCUGCCAUAUGCGCGCCUAUUGUGGC